AUGUCCUCGCCGCUGCUUAGCAUCCUGAACAUAACGCUGGUGGGGUUGGUCACCUUGCCUGCCAUCGUCCUCACCGGGCUCCUCUUCCGCCGUUCGACGGGGACCCGCCGUGACCCCAGCCGCCGAUGGGAGACCUACACCAAGGCCGCCAUCGGGCUGUAUUCAUUCGUCCAUAUUCUGUACCUCAUCAAUGCCAUUAUCGGCGCCACCAAUGACUUCGGAUACUACUACGGAAUCAAUAAUGGCUAUUUCAUGGCUGUGCAGUUCCUGGGCAUCAUCGGCCUCCUCUUCAACCACCUCUCCGAGGCGGCCAUCUUCCUCGCGCUCUUCCACCUCGCCCGAGCCCUGAACCUCGCCCGCACCGACGAGACGUCCAGACGGUACCGCAUCGGGAGGAAGUGGGCCCUCGGCGCCGUCAUCUGGAUCUGCUUGGGCAGCGUCGUCGUCCUGAGCAUCUCCCUCAGCAUCUUCAUCCAGAGGUCCUUCACCGAGAGGAACAACUCCGGGAUGGAAUUUUUCAUGAGCGUCUACAACAGGAGCAUGGCGUCGGCCAGCAUCAACCUGGCCGUCUGCGUCACCAACCUCGGCUGCGCCAUCGGCACCAUGGUCUACACGGCCAAGGCCCGCAAGAAGGUCGUCGGCGACUCGCUGCAAAAGAUGUCGACCCUCAUGCUCACAUGUGCCAUUCUGUGGCUGAUCCGCAACGUCUGGGUAGUGAUUUUCGCCUUCUUCCUAGGCUUCGCGCCCUAUGUCAUUAGCACCUUUCUGAUCUGGGCCGAUAUCGUCGACCCCAUCCUGAACAGCUGGAUGACGUUCGUCACCCUCGCGCUUCUGUUCGUUCUGGCUACCGUGGAGAAGUACGCCCUGCCGCGUGCUCAGGUCAAGGAGGGGCAUCGCAAGAGCAUCGACGUGGAGGCCCGCUAA